AUGUCAUGUAUUCGGUUAUGUCUGCAACGACUUCCGAGGUCCCUAUUCAGCUCUCCACGUCCUAGGUAUAAGUCCUCCGGCUCCACUACAGAAACCGAUGAAUGCGGUAUACCGAUCCAACCCACUUGGUCUGUAAACGAGCUGCUGACCUCGUACUCGACACCAAAAAUACCGCCACAAACGCUCAAACACCUAUACGAACUCUCUGCUCUGAUACCGCCAACGGAGGGCACAAUCGAACAUGAGAAGAUAACGCGGCAGAUGGAGGAGAUGGUUAGACUCGUGGAGGCAGUCAAAUUGAUCAACACGGACGGAGUUGUGGUUAUGGGACGCGGGGAGAGAGAGGACACAGAUAGAAGUGAUACGCAACAGGGAAUCGAGUCAUCUCCGAAGGAAGAUAGUACUGGCCAAGCGUUGUUGAAGCAUGCCUCGCGCACAAUGGAAGGCUUUUACAUUGUCGAAGCUGAUCGAACUCGCACAUCGUGA